GCCACAGCUGUUCCCGCCGUCCUGGCCCGGCGGGAAAUGGAGCUGGACAGGGCUUUCUGCGCUGUGGGCGAGUUCGGGAGCUGCCAGAGGCGCUUCGUGGCGGUACUGGUGGGGUUGCAGGUCUAUGUGGCCUGCCAGUCCAUGCUCAUUGUGUUGGUGGGAGCCGUACCGGAAUAUCAUAUCGACCAGGAAGAGCUUCCCAGGAACCCCGAGGAGCUGGCCAGCCACGUGCAUUUUGCAGAUAACUUUACGUCCAUAGUGACAGAGUGGUGCUUAAUCAAACAGGAAGCUUAUAAAGUGAGCCUGGCGUCAUCUUUGUUCUUCGCGGGGCUGCUCAUUGGAAACAUCACCUUUGGCCCAUUAUCAGAUAAAUUUGGCAGGAAGCCAGUGUAUUUGACAGGUCUGUUUUUUGAUGUCCUUUUGGGCUAUAUCUCAGCAUUUGCUCCAAGUUACCAAGUCUUUGCGAUGUCACGCCUUGGUGUUGGAGUAAUGAAUGGCGGAACAGCAUUAGUAUCUUUUGUCUUGACUCAAGAAUAUGUAGGGAAAUCGUUUUGGGCACUCACAGGUUCAUUGACCAACAUGACAUUUGCAGUUGGCAUUGCAUUCUAUGCCGUGUUAGGGUACUGCAUCAGGGACUGGCGCACCUUGGCUUUCGUCUCAAAUUCUCCUGGGGCCUUCUUCUUUCUUCUUUCCUAUCUGCUCCCUGAAUCACCAAGGUGGCUACAUUCCCAAGGGGCUGUGGAAAAAGCCGAGGCCAUAAUGCACUACAUAGCUUGUGGUAAUGGAAAAGAGAGGCUGAGGGUAAAAUUGAAACCACUUGGAGAGUCAGGGAAAAUCGAAGACUCAGCACCCAGUGUUCUCAACCUCGUGACACACCCAGUCCUGCGCUGGCGGACAGUCAUUCUGAUGUACGUUUGGUAUGUGUGUAGCUUGGUAUACUAUGGACUUACUUUGAAUGCUGGUGAGCUCAAAGGAAAUCUGUACCUGAAUAUAGCUUUGUAUGGUCUGGUGGAAGUCCCAGCAUGCCCUCUGUGCGUAUAUUUCAUCGAGAAGCCCUGGGCAGGGAGACGGAAAACCACCUCUGCUUUUCUGAUUUUUGCAGGAUUUGCCUGCAUCUUGAGCAUGUUCUUAAGUGAACGUCCAGGUUUAUUUUGGAAUCCCAUGCUGCUGUCCUUGAGCGGAAAACUGGCUAUAAGCGCUGCCUUCAACACGGUCUACAUCUACACCUCAGAACUUUACCCUACAGUAGUAAGGAAUGCUGGCCUGGGAGUGUGUUCAAUGACCUGCAGACUGGGUGGCAUAUUGGCUCCUUUUGUACCCACCAUGAAAUCUAUCAGCCCAUCUGUCCCCUUUGUGGUGUUUGGCAUCAGUGGGCUGUCAGCAGGAUUCUUGGAUCUACUUCUUCCAGAAACUCUAAAUCGACCAAUAACAGAGAAUCUUCGGGAUCUGCAGGCCUCAGAAAUCUAAGUGCUAAGAAGGCAGAGUGAGGUGUGCUAAUGAAAUGAAACCAUCUUUUGAAAUCCUCCAAAAGGACAGUGGCUCUGAUCAACGUUCAGGCAUUUUUUUAAAUUAAGGAAUUUUUGCAAUUAUGUCAGGAAGCCAUUGUUUGAUACUAGAGGGGAGAAAGAAACUGUGAAUUCUGGAGAUCAGUGGAUGUGAUGGGGUGGGAAGAGGGCCACAUUUAUCAGAGCUUGUAAUUAGGUAAAUUAAACCUCAGUGGAUCCCUGAAGCAGAGGAGAAACAAAUCAGUGAAUGAAGAAUGAAAAAUGGCUGGUCAUCUUGGUACCUACAGAAGGAGUUAAUGAAUGACAAGUACAGGACCUUGGCACAGCUGGAUUUUUUGAGUCAUCAGAACACCAUGUACAUGUACACAGGGACCAUGAUGAAGUUGGGCAAUAACAGCAGAGUGAAAUCUUCUGUCUAAUCUGAUGAGCUUGGCAAGGUAGAGUGUUGCAAAGGUCCACCAUUGGAGAGUGACUGCCAACUGCUCUUCUUAGACUUGUCAUCAGGGUCAUAGUGUUUCCAAUGGAAACUUCCUCUGCCCCAACCCCAACUCUUUCUAAUUUUCCUUUCAUGGACUUUCAGUGACAGAAUACCUCAUGGCUGUGACCAAAGAUUUUUUUUUUGUAUUGGUUUUAUACUAUCAAGUGGCAUGCUAAUUAAAUUACCAUGGGCUUUAAAGAAAGUCAAUCAAGUAUGUGCCAGGUAGGUUCCCCAUCACCCUCCAAGAAAGUUCCAUUCUUUAGGAAUCUGUCAUAAGCAUUCAGUCAAUGGUUGCAGAGUGGAUGAAGAAAACAAAGAAUGAGCCCCCACCAUGACAACACUGGUGUCUGGGAUGGGAAGAAUGGUGUGGGUUGAAUGUUAUUUAAUGCAUUUUCAUUUAGUGAAAAGAGUCAUUCAUAGCAUAGUGGGUAGAGAACUGGCCUUAGAUCCAAAAAGACCUGGGUUCAAGUCCUGCCCUUGAUGCAUACUGACUGUGUGACCCUAGGCAAAUCAUCUAACCUCUAGUGUUCCAGGCACCUCCCUAAGACUGAGUUGCAGGGAAGGUGCCUACCUGUACUGGUAGGAGGGAGUUUCCUCAUUUAGGAGUUCCCUAUAUCAAAGAUCAUAGGUCUCAUCCCUAUCCUCCAUACUUCUCGGUUAAUGAAGAUUCAUAUUCAUUUAGCAAAGCAUGGCAGGGCUAUAUAGCCAGAAAUUUGCAUUUUUUAUUCUGCUUUUGAUUAUCGCCUGUGGCAGCAGGGGAGGCAGUGCCAAGAUACAGCUGAAGCUGCCUCCCUGCUGGGUUAAUUGGUAUUUAAAACAUUCCUCCCAUUAGGUAAAAGGUACUUAGGACUUCUGUUUCUAGGGGAACCAGGAAGCAUUUAUCAAUGAUAAUUUUUAUUGCCUACAGGAUAAAAUACAAAGUCCUCAGCCUGGCUUUUAAGCCACUCCAGAAUCCGGCUCCAGCCUACUUUUCUCAUCUCAUUGGACAGUGCUCUCCUUCCUGUACACUAAGUUCCAGCCAAAUUGGACUAUUAGCUGUAUAUUGAACUCGACAUUCCACCUUCCAUCUCUCUGCACUCUCAGAAGUUGUUUCCCAUGCCGGAUAUUCAUUGCCUUCUCCUUUCUACUUCCAAGCUGUAUCUUUCUUCUUUUUUAAAAAUUCAAUUUUAUUUUCAGAUCUGCAUUCUUUCCCUUGCACCUCCC